AUGUCAGAUCCUCUCUCCAUCGCAGGCAGCAUCGCUGGUAUAGUCCAACUAUCCGCAUCCGUCUUCCAGCAGGCCUCCAAGUUCAUAAAAGAUGCCAAAGGGGCUGAAAAGACCGGCAAAGAUCUUGCUGACCAAACCAGAAAUCUGUCUGGGGUUUUGCAGAACCUUUCCCUCCUUGCGUCGUCACUCGAAGAAGAGACUUCUAUUUCGGCAUUCAAGGCACAUCAUCUUCACGCUUGUCGGCAAACUCUACUCGCUGUCGAAAAACGUCUAGACAAGCCGUUGUCCGGAUUCACAAAGGAAGGCCUGCUUGCACAAAGUGAAGGUCAUCGAAGCACUGUUUCUCUGGCCCUGUCUACAGACACUCUAGAGAGUAUGCUGGAGUGUUUGGAAAAGAUCGAGUAUGAUGAAAGGCAUCAAAAGAUAAUCGACUAUUCCAUGAAGGUCAAACCUCAGAUCAACUUACAAACGUCGAGUCGAUUACGCCAACCCUUGACUGGACUAUGGCUCACGGAGAGUAAUCCUACUUUUUUUUGUUUGAAGUGGGCUGACCUCCCACGCUCCGGUCUCUGGUUGAGUAGAAUCCCCGGAGCUGGGAAGACGAUUCUAUCCGGCAUGGUCAUUGAGAAAAUCCUACAAAAAAGCAGUCAAUUGGUCGCCGUGGCAUUCUUCUAUUGUGGUCACAAGAAUAUUAACAUCCAGAAGCUUCUCAAUCAAAACCACGAGGCUUUCGGCAUUCUUGAGGAAUACCACGCGAGGUUGAAAUCGGCAAGUGGUCUUAAUGCAGAACCUGAGCCAAAAGAUCUGCUUGAUCUGAUAUUGACCACCAUCUCGGUGUACGAAAAGGUCUUCAUUGUCUUGGACGGGCUUGACGAACGUGGAGACAACGUGGCGGAAGUAGCUGAAGCUAUCAAAUUCCUUUUUGAGGCAUCGUCAUCCGCCAGCAUUGCAAUUGCGGCUCAUACACAAGACCUCGAUAUCUACAUCCGUGCCGAGAUGGCCCAUAGAAGACAACCGCACAAUCUCAGCAUCCCGAAUCCGCUAUUUGCCGAAGAGAUCCGGUAUCAGCUUGUCAACGGAGCACAAGGAAUUACCAACCGUGCCCGGCGGGAAGCUCUGACAAAGAAGCCCCUUGAUGGCCGCUUGUACUUUUGGGAGGUUGAAAGCUGUCAAGAUGCUUCUUCGCAGCGGCGCGGCGGUGGCCUAUACUAA